GUGUGUACAAACAAAUUGAAUCCUUUUUUUCGAAUACAUACAAAAACAACAUACAUUCCCUUCUUCAAUUAUCAAAGCCUCCAUGUCUGAUCAACCCUUAACCUCAAUAAAUAUAAAAUAAUAAUAUAUAGUCCAUACAUAUAUAUAUAUAUAUAUAUACAGCUCUGCCAUCAUCUGACUGACAAAUGAAGGAGACGAUGAUGCGGCGGCGCACCCUCAUGUUCUGCGAGCAACUCUCACUUCCAUCGUUUCAAGUGAUAGUGAUAUACGCAGAUGUGGGAUGUGUCCGUUGUCAAGACAGAGUCUCUCAGAUUAUUUCCAAGAUGACCGGAAUCGACGAAUACGUGGUUGAUUUGAAGAAGAAGAUGGUCAUGGCACGAGGUGACUUCAGGCCACGUUUGGUUUCUCUUUCUUCUCAUCAACAACAAGUCAAGGACGUUGUCUCUCAAACUACUCCUCAAAACGCCAAACGCCUUUUUCGACCUAUAAACCUCUUCUUUCGCUCCAUUUUCUCUCUUUGUUUGCGUCCAAGUUAUAAAGUUCUCUAACUUGCUACAAAAUGCAUUACACUGAUUUAUAGAAGUACAAAAAGUACCCAAAUAUCCUGAG